AUGCUAGCGACUGGCAUUCUGUCGUUUCUUUUUCUUUUCUUUUCUUUUCUUUCUUUCGCCGAUUUUCAUCUCCAUCAUCACCAUCCAAGUCCUGUGGCGAUAGCACCGCGAGCAACGUGGGCAGGCCUGGAACGCUGGAAGCCUUCAGCCCGCGACUGCACACAGGCGGUGGGUCAAAAAAGGUCGCUCUCUGGUGACAUUGUCGUGACACCCGAGUUCGGCAGCUGGACCCGUGACUGGACUGGCCUAUUGAGGACCACCGCAGCCUACCCCACAUGGAAAGAUGUGGCGAACACUACCCGCCCGGAAAGAUGCACAGCCCUCGUCUGCAAGGAGCUUGCCCGAUUCAACAUAGAUGUGGCGGCCCUCAGCGAGACUAGACUGCCCGAGGAGGGCAACACUAGGGAAGCUGGAACAGGUUAUACCAUCUUCCGGAAGUGGAAGGCCCCCGAGGAGCCGCACAUACAUGGCGUUGGCUUUGCCAUCCGGUCCCAGCUCGUGCAGCAGCACAACCUCGCUCCCACGGCCAUCAGUGAACGCUUAAUGACUGUCCGCCUUCCCAUCAUGCGGGGCAGACACAUCACACUGAUUUCAGUAUACGCCCCGACUCUGAACUCACCCGAUGAAGACAAAGCCGCAUUUUACACCCAGCUCGACCAUACCAUCCAGAGAGCGACCGCCAACGACAAGCUCAUUGUACUGGGCGAAUUUAAUGCCCGAGUAGGCAUGGACCAUCACCUGUGGGAGGGAGUAAUUGGCCACCACGAGAAGCCUGCGAACGCCACCUUGCAGACACAUAGAUCAAGCCUCUGUGGAGCACCACUGGACCACCCUCAGAGACGCCAUGACCCGUGCAGCGGAGAAAGCAUCGGCUACUCAAUUAAGAAAAGACAGCAAUGGUUCGAUGAGAGUUACGGGUUGAUCUCCCCUGUCAUUGAAACUAAACAUCAGACACGUCUGACUAGGGAGAACCAGCCUACAGCUACCAAUAAACGUGCUCAUAAACAAACCGUAGCUAACUGCCAAAGAGGCAUACGAGAAGCCCAGAACACCUGGUGGCAAAGAAAAGCAGCAGAAAGACAAAGCUACGAUGACCAACGAGACCUGCGCAUUGGCGGACUAAAGGACGUGGACGGGGCUACAACCAUCACUGAGAGCGAGGGUAUUCUUGCAAGGGGGAGGUCUCACUUCGAGAGCCUCCACAACGCCCAGGUCAACACGAGAGACAAUCUCCUGCGAAUGACCCCGCAGCAUUCUGUCCGUCACUGGAUGGCACUACCACCCGACAUUCAUGACUUCAACAAAACCCUUAAACGCAUGAGACCCGGCAAAGCCCCAGAUCCUGACAACAUCCCACUGGACCUCCUCACCCACAGUGGCCCCGAGAUGAGGAACUGUCUCAUGCUCCUUAUAUUGAAGAUUUGGGAGACAAAGACCCUCCUCAGGGACUUCCGCGAUGCAACGGUCUGA